CCAACUAGCCACUUACGAAUACGCCUACAAGCGUAUUUGGGGACCUGCCACAAGGUUGCAUAAUUUGAAAUCAAUUCAUCAACAGGAACCCUUGUAGUAUCAAGACACGCGGUUAUAAACCUACUUUCUCUGCACACUCGAGGAACAGCUAGACAGAGCCUGACUUGGCCGAAACAAAUCAUCCAGCAUGGCUACCUUCUCCCCAGCAACCCACAGACACUCCUACAAGGCGAUUGACCCCAACCGCCCGGCUUUAAGUCAGAAGGGCCGCACUGUCGUCGUGACAGGGGGCUCGACCGGAAUCGGUUAUGCCAUUGCACGAGCGUUCGCUCAAGCCAGCGCGGACCGGGUAAUUAUCCUUGGACGCCGAGCAGAGACUGUUAACAAUGCCGUUGAUUCUCUACGCACCGUGCUCCCGUCUUCUUUCCAGGGUGAAGUCCAAGGUCGCGUCGUGAACAUUGCCUCUAUGGAAAGUAUUGAUGCUUUUUGGGAUAAGCUCCAUGAGGAUAAUAUCAACGUCGACGUCGUCGUGCUUAAUGCCGCAAGCUUCUCCAAGGUUGCUCCUGUCCUUGAACUAGGAGUCGAAACUCUUCUCCAGGAUUAUCAGGUCAAUGUGCUAGCCGGGUAUCGAUUUGCUCAGAGAUUGUCGAAGCAGAACCUAGGAGUCAAAAAGUACCUCCUCAAUGUUUCUACGAUCGCAAUUCAUAAACCGGACCUCGCGCCUGCCAAUCUGAAUUAUGGCGCCAGCAAGAACGCGGCCGCCUUGCUUCUACAGCUAAUGGCCAGAAAUGUGCCGGACCAUGAGAUCCAGAUCAUAAGCUUUCAUCCAGGAGCUGUUCUGACGGAGACCGCACGAGCCCAUGGAUAUGAUGAGAAUACUCUACCUUGGGACGAUGUGGACGUCCCAGGUCACUUUGCGGUGUGGGCAGCGUCUGACGAAGCGAAAUUUCUACAUGGGCGGUUCGUGCACGCCACGUGGGAUGUCACUGAUCUUCAGGCCGGGGAGGCAAAGGCAUUGAUUAAUGGAGAUCCUGAUUUCCUCAAGAUUGGUGUCAAGGGGUUAUAGUGUCUAGGUUCGGAUCUUUAUAGAAUCCAAGAGCGCAACUUGGUCCCAGGGCCGGAGGCCUUUUUCCAGUUAGUCCAUGCGAGAUACACCUCGACUCAGGGAAUUUCUAUAUGCCACCACAUACGGAACGUACUGUGUACAACAGGACUAAGAGCGGGAGUUACAGAUGCGUUUAUCUACUGCUUGUACGGGAAUAAUUCCCCAAGGGCACUUACCUACUACUCGGCAGGUUGGCUAUGGCAACUUGAGCAAUCAUGUCGCUGAGAAGAAUGGUCCUGUCAGCCUCGGUUCUGGAGUUGACCCUUGACAACCCUGCCCUUAUUAAUGCG